AUGGUGGACUUCGAUGUGAGUAUAACGAAAGUGGAGGACUUUGAUGUGAGUAUAACGAAAGUGGAGGACUUUAAUGUGAGUAUAACGAAAGUGGAGGACUUUGAUGUGAGUGGAAAGGUGGGUGGUUUUUCCCCUGGCGGGCCCCGGUCUGAACCAGAGGUCUUCCCCCUGGCGGACCCCGGCCUCUCAGAGCCACUAACAGGAACCAGAGGUCUUCCCCCUGGUGGUCCCCGGCCUCUCAGAGCCAUUGACUGUUUCCAGCGCCAUUCUCCUUUUCACCUCCCUCCCCACUCCCUAACACACCUUCCCCUUUCCGUCCUCCCUCUUCCAACAGGAGCCAGAGGUCUUCCCCCUGGCGGACCCCGGCCUCUCAGAGCCACUCACAUUGGCAAACCCCUCGGGCCAAACUCCUUUCGCUCGCACUCCCACCAACCGUACCCCACCCAACAGGAACCAGAGGUAUUCCCCCUGGCGGACCCCGGCCUCUCAGAGCCGCCCGCCUGCAUGGCUGUGCUGGAGCCCGUGAUGACGUCACUGGAUGACAUCAGCGCUUCUCAGGUGGCGGUGCUGCUGGGAACGGAGGCGGCUCUGCUGCGGGUGGAUGGGGAGACGGUGCAGCGCGUGGGUGCCCCAGAGAUGUCCACAGCAGUGCAGCGCAUGGCAGUGUCAGCUUCCGGAAAGCUUCUGGCGUGCUUCACGGCUGACGGGCAGCUGCAUGUGCUGCUGACGACAGACCUCUCCAGGCGGAUCUCCCACUAUGACACUCAGAUAGUGCUACCACCAGAUGCCAUGGCAUGGUGUGGAGAGGACGCGGUGCUGCUCUCCUGGCAGCACCCCCCUGCCCUCAUGCUCGUCGGCCCUGGGGAUGCCAUCAAAUACUCAUUAGGAGGGGAAGAGGACGACGAGGAGGAGGAGGUGGAGGGGGAGGAGGAAGAUGGUGAGAUAGAGGGAGAGGCAGGAGGGGAAUUGAGUAGGCGCCGCGCGUUCGGCUCGGCAGCUCUUCGCAGUGUGCCAGCGCCAGCAUCAGCGCUUGACACCACCACCACCACCACCACCACCGACAGCUGCCUGAUCCUCAUCCCCGAGUGCGACGGCGUCCGUCUCCUCUCCUCCUCCCACUCCGACUUCAUCUCUCGGGUUCCCGAACCCACCGUAGCCGCCUUUGCUCUCGCAAGCACCGCACCCCCUGCUCUACUCCUAGAGGCGUUUUCGCUGUUCGAGAGGCGGUCGGGGAAGGCGGAUGAGCACGUGAGGGCAAUGGGGGUGGCUGUGAUGGGGGAGGCGGUGCGAGGGUGCAUGCAGGCUGCAGCGCAUGAGGGGGAUGUGGAUGGGCAGAAGCGGCUUCUAGCUGCUGCUGCUUUUGGCAGGGCCUUCUGUAGAAGCGGCUUCUAUCCGCUGCUGCCUUUGGCAGAGCCUUCUGCAGGGUGCAUGCAGGCUGCAGCGCAUGAGGGGGAUGUGAAUGGGCAGAAGCGGCUUCUAUCCGCUGCUGCCUUUGGCAGAGCCUUCUGCAGAAGCGGCUUCUAUCCGCUGCUGCCUUUGGCAGAGCCUUCUGCAGAUGGAGUGGGUGAUGUGCUGAUGGGGGAGGCGGUGCGAGGGUGCAUGCAGGCUGCAGCGCAUGAGGGGGAUGUGAAUGGGCAGAAGCGGCUUCUAUCCGCUGCUGCCUUUGGCAGAGCCUUCUGCAGAAGCGGCUUCUAUCCGCUGCUGCCUUUGGCAGAGCCUUCUGCAGAUGGAGUGGGUGAUGUGCUGAUGGGGGAGGCGGUGCGAGGGUGCAUGCAGGCUGCAGCGCAUGAGGGGGAUGUGAAUGGGCAGAAGCGGCUUCUAUCCGCUGCUGCCUUUGGCAGAGCCUUCUGCAGAAGCGGCUUCUAUCCGCUGCUGCCUUUGGCAGAGCCUUCUGCAGAUGGAGUGGGUGAUGUGCUGAUGGGGGAGGCGGUGCGAGGGUGCAUGCAGGCUGCAGCGCAUGAGGGGGAUGUGAAUGGGCAGAAGCGGCUUCUAUCCGCUGCUGCCUUUGGCAGAGCCUUCUGCAGAAGCGGCUUCUAUCCGCUGCUGCCUUUGGCAGAGCCUUCUGCAGAUGGAGUGGGUGAUGUGCUGAUGGGGGAGGCGGUGCGAGGGUGCAUGCAGGCUGCAGCGCAUGAGGGGGAUGUGAAUGGGCAGAAGCGGCUUCUAUCCGCUGCUGCCUUUGGCAGAGCCUUCUGCAGAAGCGGCUUCUAUCCGCUGCUGCCUUUGGCAGAGCCUUCUGCAGAUGGAGUGGGUGAUGUGCUGAUGGGGGAGGCGGUGCGAGGGUGCAUGCAGGCUGCAGCGCAUGAGGGGGAUGUGAAUGGGCAGAAGCGGCUUCUAUCCGCUGCUGCCUUUGGCAGAGCCUUCUGCAGAAGCGGCUUCUAUCCGCUGCUGCCUUUGGCAGAGCCUUCUGCAGAUGGAGUGGGUGAUGUGCUGAUGGGGGAGGCGGUGCGAGGGUGCAUGCAGGCUGCAGCGCAUGAGGGGGAUGUGAAUGGGCAGAAGCGGCUUCUAUCCGCUGCUGCCUUUGGCAGAGCCUUCUGCAGAAGCGGCUUCUAUCCGCUGCUGCCUUUGGCAGAGCCUUCUGCAGAUGGAGUGGGUGAUGUGCUGAUGGGGGAGGCGGUGCGAGGGUGCAUGCAGGCUGCAGCGCAUGAGGGGGAUGUGAAUGGGCAGAAGCGGCUUCUAUCCGCUGCUGCCUUUGGCAGAGCCUUCUGCAGAAGCGGCUUCUAUCCGCUGCUGCCUUUGGCAGAGCCUUCUGCAGAUGGAGUGGGUGAUGUGCUGAUGGGGGAGGCGGUGCGAGGGUGCAUGCAGGCUGCAGCGCAUGAGGGGGAUGUGAAUGGGCAGAAGCGGCUUCUAUCCGCUGCUGCCUUUGGCAGAGCCUUCUGCAGAAGCGGCUUCUAUCCGCUGCUGCCUUUGGCAGAGCCUUCUGCAGAUGGAGUGGGUGAUGUGCUGAUGGGGGAGGCGGUGCGAGGGUGCAUGCAGGCUGCAGCGCAUGAGGGGGAUGUGAAUGGGCAGAAGCGGCUUCUAUCCGCUGCUGCCUUUGGCAGAGCCUUCUGCAGGAUGGUAGAUCUCGAGUACGAUCAGAUGGAGUGGGGUGAUGUGCUGAUGGGGGAGGCGGUGCGAGGGUGCAUGCAGGCUGCAGCGCAUGAGGGGGAUGUGAAUGGGCAGAAGCGGCUUCUAUCCGCUGCUGCCUUUGGCAGAGCCUUCUGCAGAAGCGGCUUCUAUCCGCUGCUGCCUUUGGCAGAGCCUUCUGCAGAUGGAGUGGGUGAUGUGCUGAUGGGGGAGGCGGUGCGAGGGUGCAUGCAGGCUGCAGCGCAUGAGGGGGAUGUGAAUGGGCAGAAGCGGCUUCUAUCCGCUGCUGCCUUUGGCAGAGCCUUCUGCAGGAUGGUAGAUCUCGAGUACGAUCAGAUGGAGUGGGGUGAUGUGCUGAUGGGGGAGGCGGUGCGAGGGUGCAUGCAGGCUGCAGCGCAUGAGGGGGAUGUGAAUGGGCAGAAGCGGCUUCUAUCCGCUGCUGCCUUUGGCAGAGCCUUCUGCAGAAGCGGCUUCUAUCCGCUGCUGCCUUUGGCAGAGCCUUCUGCAGAAGCGGCUUCUAUCCGCUGCUGCCUUUGGCAGAGCCUUCUGCAGGUGAGCCAGGAUGGUAGAUCUCGAGUACGAUCAGAUGGAGUGGGUGAUGUGCUGAUGGGGGAGGCGGUGCGAGGGUGCAUGCAGGCUGCAGCGCAUGAGGGGGGAUGUGAAUGGGCAGAAGCGGCUUCUAUCCGCUGCUGCCUUUGGCAGAGCCUUCUGCAGGUGAGCCAGGAUGGUAGAUCUCGAGUACGAUCAGAUGGAGUGGGUGAUGUGCUGAUGGGGGAGGCGGUGCGAGGGUGCAUGCAGGCUGCAGCGCAUGAGGGGGAUGUGAAUGGGCAGAAGCGGCUUCUAUCCGCUGCUGCCUUUGGCAGAGCCUUCUGCAGGAUGGUAGAUCUCGAGUACGAUCAGAUGGAGUGGGUUGAUGUGCUGAUGGGGGAGGCGGUGCGAGGGUGCAUGCAGGCUGCAGCGCAUGAGGGGGAUGUGAAUGGGCAGAAGCGGCUUCUAUCCGCUGCUGCCUUUGGCAGAGCCUUCUGCAGGUGCAUGCAGGCUGCAGCGCAUGAGGGGGAUGUGAAUGGGCAGAAGCGGCUUCUAUCCGCUGCCUGCCUUUGGCAGAGCCUUCUGCAGGCUGCAGCGCAUGAGGGGGAUGUGAAUGGGCAGAAGCGGUCUUCUAUCCGCUGCUGCCUUUGGCAGAGCCUUCUGCAGGCUGCAGCGCAUGAGGGGGAUGUGAAUGGGCAGAAGCGGCUUCUAUCCGCUGCUGCCUUUGGCAGAGCCUUCUGCAGAAGCGGCUUCUAUCCGCUGCUGCCUUUGGCAGAGCUUCUGCAGGUGAGCCAGGAUGGUAGAUCUCGAGUACGAUCAGAUGGAGUGGGUGAUGUGCUGAUGGGGGAGGCGGUGCGAGGGUGCAUGCAGGCUGCAGCGCAUGAGGGGGAUGUGAAUGGGCAGAAGCGGCUUCUAUCCGCUGCUGCCUUUGGCAGAGCCUUCUGCAGAGGGUGCAUGCAGGCUGCAGCGCAUGAGGGGGAUGUGAAUGGGCAGAAGCGGCUUCUAUCCGCUGCUGCCUUUGGCAGAGCCUUCUGCAGAAGCGGCUUCCUAUCCGCUGCUGCUUUGGCAGAGCCUAUCCUGCGAAGCGGGCUUCUAUCUCGCUGCUGCCUUUGGCAGAGCCUUCUGCAGGUGAAGCCAGGGAUGGUAGAUCUCAGAGUAAGACGUCAGAUGGAGUCGGGUGAUGUGCUGAUGGGGGAGGCGGCUGCGUAUGGGUGCAGGCAGCUGCAGCGCAUGAGGGGGAUUGUGAAUGGGCAGAAGCGGCUUCUAUCAGCUGCUGCCUUUGGCAGAGCCUUCUGA